UCCGUUCGAAAUGUCAAAGCGCCUCUGGGGCUCUGACCCCUGCGUGUUCGUGUAUUGUGAAGCACCACAAUUAAGGGAGUGGGAGACGCUGGGGCCGGAGGCAUCUGGGGAACCAGUCAAAACACGGCACAGCCUGCCAUUGUUAUCUGCUCCAUGAACGGAAGUGGUCCGCGGGGCAGAAAGAAAGGACCUGUAUCUGCUGCAAAACAUGGUUUCCGUCUUUAGUCUGUGUCCCAAACAGGAUACGCGAGCACAGCGGCUGCUUUCAGACCCACGUCACUUGUUUUUUGCGCUUUGAAUGGACAACAACAUAGUGGUCACAUUUUUACCCCCAGACUCCCAGGGACCCUCUGGAUAUCAGCUAAUUUGUUGACCUGCGGAGCAACUAUGUUGUGGAUUUUUCUACUGCAGCUCAUCAACAGCGUCGACGGUUUACCUGGAGCCGAGCAUGAGACCCUGUGCAUGUCCAACGCCUGCUUCACCCUCCAUCUGGACAGGCUGAGCUUUGCAAAGGCCCGUCAGAACUGUGUGAACAACGGAGGCUACCUGAUGACAGUCAGAGACAGAGAGGAAGAGAGCGUGCUGCGCUCGCUUCUCUCCCAGAUCCAAGGACAGCGUCAGGACAGGGCGCUUAAGUUCUGGAUUGGGCUGAAACUGAACAGAGGGAACUGUGUGUUGGCUGACAAGACUCUCAGGGGCUUUAAGUGGGUAUCUGGGGAGGAGGAUUCCAACUACUCCAACUGGGGAGAAGAACCGGUCUCCACCUGCACGGAGAGAUGUGUGAGGGUGGAUUACACUUUGUUGGGCCAGAAUCAACUGAGAUGGACCGCUGGGCCUUGCAAACACUCUGCGUUUUAUGCAUGCAAGUUUUAUUUUAAAGGAAUGUGCAAACCGUUGGCUCUGCUGGGUCCUGGGGAAAUAACCUACACUCCGCCCUUCUCAGAGGAGCCACAAAGAAGUGAAAUGAAAUCAUUUCCUCUGGGAACAUAUGCAAACAUCAUCUGCAGUGACCAGCAGCAGAACUACUCUGUGUGCAAGGGGUCGGGCGGCGUCUAUCGGUGGACCGAGCCGGGUCCCUUUUGCAAAACAGGACUGCGAAAUUGCGCAAUCGGCAACGGCGGAUGCGAACAGCUGUGUCAUCAGGACGGUGGUGAGGUCCGAUGCUUCUGCGGAGAAGGUCACGACCUGGACGACGACGGACUCUCCUGCAGGGUGAAAGACUUGUGCGCCGUCGCUACCUGUGAGCAUCAGUGCGUAAUGGGGGAGUCUGGAUAUUCCUGCAAAUGUCGACAUGGGUUCACACUGGAUGAAAACCAGUACAACUGCUCUGACAUCGAUGAGUGCCGGGCACAAGCCUGUGGGGAUCAUUCGUGCGUGAACGCGCUCGGCAGUUACACGUGUGCGUGUAAAGAUGGCUACCAAAUGGUCCACGGUGAGUGCAGUGACGUGGACGAGUGCGCACAAUCGAGAUGCGAGCACGGCUGCUUGAACAACAUGGGGUCCUUCUCCUGUUACUGCAACGAGGGCUUCACCUUAUCGCCGGACGGCCACUCGUGUGCGGACGUCGACGAAUGUGUCAGCAGUAGCUGCCGGUUCACAUGCGUCAACUCCGUGGGCAGCUUCUUGUGCACGUGCCCGCGGGGCUUCUAUCUGGAGGCCGAUGGGUCGACGUGCGCCCCGGACGUGACCGAGACGUCGGCUGCUCCGCCAGAUGACGCACCUGGCGAGGACUUUACUGAGUCCUUAACCGGAACCGCGGUGGAGCUGCAGCACCGGCCCCCCCACACGGACGCGCCCCUCCCAGACCUGGUGAACGUCACGCAAAGUGGUCAGCAGAGCAACGCGUCCCUGGCGCCGAGUUUCGUCAAGCCCGUCAACUCCAGGGUCAUAGUGUGCGUCCUCGGCUCGGUCGUUCCUCUGCUCGUGCUGGUCGCGGUGACCUUGGCUAUUGCAGUCUUCCGGUGCAGUCGCUCCAAAAAAGAAGCCAAGAAAAAAACGACUACGGAUGGUUACUGUUGGGUGUCCUCUGGUCUGGAUCCGCGUUUAGAGAAACUGUACGAGUCCAUUUUGACUGAUGACCUAUGACCCCCUGGUCACGGAGGAGAACUGUCUGUAUUAUUGUUUAUUUAUCUAAUUUAAAAAAAAAAUUGCAACCCAUGUUAGUUAGGCUGUGUGCUGUUAUCAAAUCAUUACAUAUCAAAUAAAGUUUUUGUGUGAUGUGGCUCACAGGUAUAGACAUUGCAGUCAUAUAGAGAAGAACCAUGUUGGAUGAAAGAAAAAAUAUGAUAAACAUGACUGUGCAGGUAGUGCAAAUAUGUGGGGGAGCUGAGAGGAGUUUGUGCUGGAGGUUCUGUUAAAAGUGUGCAUUUUGAUGUCAAGAUCAGUGUUACCUGCCAAGCAGAGUGAGACGUGUGUGUGUGUGUGUGUGUGUGUGUGUGUGUGUGUGUGUGUGUGUGUGUGUGUGUGUGUGUGUGUGUGUGUGUGUGUGUGUGUGUGUGUGUGUGUGUGUGUGUGUGUGUGUGUGUGUGUGUGUGUGUGUGUGUGUGUGUGUGUGUGUGUGUGUGUGUGUGUGUGUGUCUGGCCAAUCGAACGUGGUGUGCUCCAUUCGAAAAAGGGGCCGUUCUCUCUCUCCGCCAUUUGGAUUGUUCAUUCUGCCCUCUGCCUGUCAGACGAGUCUUUUGUGUGCUGAAUAGUCGUGAGACAAACUUUGUUGAUGUAUUUCUGUGGUGGGUACCCAUACCUUUAGCAAUAAAGUAGGUGAUUCAUGUUAGACACACUUGGAUUAAGGGUUGGUGCCACAUGUGUAUUUCUUUCUAAAGCCUUUUAGUGAGACGAGUCAGUUGGGUCUUUGUUUUGUGAAUUGUUUCUUUUUAUGAUAGUAGUCAGUUAGGCGUUGUUUUGUUUUCUUAAUUUCAAUUAUUUGGCACCAGCACCUGUUGGCACAACUUUUGAACUAACUGUUCAAAUAAACCUAAAGUUUAUUUACACAUUCA